GUUAUAAAAUGCAAAGCAGCUGUGGCUUGGGCCCCAAAUCAGCCACUGUCGAUUGAGGAGAUCGAGGUGCAACCACCGAAAACAGAAGAAGUUCGGAUUAAGAUGGUAAGCACAGGAAUAUGUCGGACAGAUGACCAUGCAAUCCAUGGUGAACUUCCAGGGAUGAAUUUUCCUGUUAUUUUUGGCCAUGAAGGAGCUGGAAUAAUUGAAAGUGUUGGAAAAGGUGUAACUGGAUUAAAACCAGGAGAUAAAGUUGUCCCACUCUGUCUUCCUCAGUGUGGAAAGUGCAGUUCUUGUCUAAAUGCACAGAGUAAUUUUUGCUUUAAAUCACACUAUGAACCACAGAAUGUACUUCUUGACAAGACAUCAAGGUUUUCAUGCAAGGGAAAAGUUGUUGAUCAUUUUGUAUGGACCAGCACCUUUUCAGAAUAUAUUGUGAUGCCUGCUGGGGCUGUUGCAAAGAUUGAUGACAAAGCUCCCAUGGAGAAGGCCUGUCUUUUUGGAUGUGGUUUUCCCACCGGAUAUGGAGCUGCUGUUAAUACUGCCAAGGUGGAGCCUGGUACUACGUGUGCUGUGUUUGGAUUGGGUGCCAUUGGGCUGUCAGUCAUUAUUGGAUGUAAAGUUUCUAAAGCAUCAAGAAUUAUUGCUAUAGAUAUAAACAGCAGCAAGUUUGAAAAGGCAAAGCUGUUUGGAGCAACUGACUGCAUCAAUCCUAAAGAUUUUAGCAAGCCAAUCCAGGAGGUAAUCAAGGAAAUGACAGGAGAUGGAGUGCAUUAUUCCUUUGAAUGCAUUGGCAUAACAGAUAUCAUGAAAGCAGCACUGGAGUGCACUCACCCAGGAUAUGGAACCAGUGUGGUUAUUGGCGUAGCUCCCCAGGAUGAAAAGGUCACAUUUGAUCCUCUUCUGCUUCUCACAGGACGCACAUGGAAAGGCAGUUUAUAUGGAGGUUUUAAAAGUUUGGACUCAGUGCCCCAGUUGGUUUCUGACUACAUGGCCGGCAAAUUUGACCUGGAUGGUUUAGUGACUCAUACUUUGCCUUUUACCCAAAUAAAUGAAGGCUUUGAACUUCUGAGAGCUGGAAAAAGCAUUCGCACAGUCUUGCUAUUCUAA